UCAUUAUCUCGUCAGUGUGUUUUUUGCAUCCACAAAACUCAGUUAUCAAUUUGACAUCCUCUCCGGAAAAUCCAAACCCAAAUCUCAAAUUCAAAAUGAAGACCAUCAUUGUUCUCGUUGCCGUUGUUGCCCUGGCCCUGGCUGCCCCUCUGGAUGACUCCAAGAAUGCCCAGAUCCUGAAGUACGAGAACGACAACAUCGGAGUUGAUGGAUACAAAUUCGCCUUCGAAACUAGCGAUGGACAGUCCCGCCAGGAACAGGCUGAACUGAGGCGGUUGGCCGAAGAUGUUGAGGCUCUGGUUGUCCGUGGAUCGUACUCCUUCACCGCCGAUGACGGACAGGUCUACACCGUGAACUACAUCGCCGAUGAGAACGGAUUCCAGCCAGAAGCCGCCCAUCUGCCCAAGGCUUAAGCCUAUUCAACUCUUCUACCUCUAGCACAAAAACCAACAAAAACAACAACCAUCAAGCCACAUGAAGUCACAGACAACACCACCAACAACUUACUUCGGAUGACGCUACAUGAUAACAAUAACUGAGAAUACUCCGACCAUCUAAGUCCAUGCUUGUGUAAAGUGUACAGUUUUAUGCUUUCUUUUGUUAUGUAUUAUUCCCAUGUACAGCGUGUUAUGUUUUUUUUUCUUUUUGUAAAUUUCUUUUUCGAAAUGAAAAUGUCAUUUUUGAACACAUUUGAGUUACCUGAGAAGGACAGCGCUUUCAUUGCCGAAAGCGUGUCUUCUGAAGCUAGAACAACUGCUCCAACAGCUACAUUGCAACGAGAACUUUGUACGAACACCAACUGCCAUAUCUUUUUUUAUUAUUUUGAACAAUAAAAAUUAGUCCUAAGUCAAACGUGAACAUA